GAAAGUUGGAAAAAAAGCGGGGAUUUCUGCUGAGUGGGAAGGGAAGUAUACCUUUACUGCCCUUAAUUUCUAAAUAUUUUUAUGACAUUAUUUGUAAGUAAUUCUAUAAACAAAUUAUUUAAUCAUUUUAAUUUUUAAUUUUUAUUUGUUCGCUUGGGUGGAUGUUUUUGGAUAGAGAUAAUGGCCCUGUGAAGCUAGCAGACAUUUCUACCAUCAUAUUCUUCUAAAUUAUCUCUCACAGUCACAGAUUCUUCAUCAUUCUUAGUGUCCAUGAAUCCACACUUGUUAGCUUCUUCCUUCUCUCCCAAAACUGCUUCUUCCACCAUUAUCUUUAUUCCUUAAUAGUGUUGGUGUUGCUCCACUGCAUAAUAAUACAUCUCUUCAGCUUGCCUUACUCAAUAGUCAAACCUUAACAACACCCACAUGCUUCAACUUGCUCUGCUUUGAUUUCAGGAAUUUAAGGAGUCUCCUAGACUAGAUUUCCUUCCAGAUUCUUUGUUGGGGAGCUGUUUGUUUCUGAUUUGAUAACUAAAUUUGGAAUCUUUGUUGCCCAGUUUGGCCCCAUUGCUUGUUUUGGGCUUUGGUUGGUAGUUCAAGAGGAUAAUCAAAUUCUUCUUAGAAUAGAAACCAGAAUCUUGGGAUUCUUUGGUUCUUCUUGGGAUUGGGAGUGCUGUAAAUUUGUUGUCUUUCCUAAUUUUGGGACCUGGUUUUGCUUGCACUCUCCAAUUGGAAGUUAUUUGGUGGGUGGAUAAGGUAACAUUUUCAACAUCUUCCCACACCCACACAUCCUUUGCAAUCUAUCUGCCUGGUUUAGUGAAUUGGAGGUCGGUGGAUUUGUUUUUCCAAGUUUGGAUUUUUCUUUCUAAUGUUGGGUUAAGCUUGACAGUUCCUGUAGAUUUGAUUGGCUCUCUCUCUCUCUCUCUCUCUCUCAUUUCCACCUGGAAUCAACAAGAAGUCAGAGUCACUUCAUCUUGGCACUGUUGUUAGUUAACUUCCCUUGUUUACUGCUGUGGAUGAGUUUUUUCCAUGUCUUUGGGUUUGGUUUGAAGGUGGGGCAUCUACUUUGGAUGCUAUGUUGCUGGAUUAUAUCUGUGAUUUCCAUGAACUGGUACCUUACUGGUGGGAUUAUGGACACCAAGGCUGGUUUGCUUGGUGAUGGUGGAAAGAUGUGCCUCAAAUGGUGGGAGAAGAUCCCAAUGAAUAUUAGUAAGAUCCGUCAUCAUUACUACCAGUAUAUUGGGUCCAAGAGAGUCCGCAAAACUUGGUGGAAAAGGCUUUUGGUUUCAUGGGUGGUUGGUUGGACGAUUGGGAGCCUAUGGAUCUUCUGGUACAUGAGCUCACAAGCUAAUGAGAAGAGGAAAGAAACUCUUUCAAGUAUGUGUGAUGAGAGGGCAAGGAUGUUGCAGGAUCAAUUUAAUGUGAGCAUGAACCAUAUUCAGGCCAUGUCCAUGCUGAUCUCGACUUUCCACCAUGCCAAGUACCCAUCUGCUAUUGACCAGGAAACUUUUGCGAGGUACACUGAAAGAACUGCUUUUGAGAGGCCCCUCACGAGUGGUGUGGCAUAUGCUGUAAGGGUGCUCCACUCGGAAAAGGAACAAUUUGAGAAGCAGCAGGGCUGGACUAUCAAGAGAAUGGAUACCCUCGAACAAAACCCAGAUCAUAAGAAUGACUAUUCCCCAGAAGCCUUGGAACCAUCCCCAGUUCAGGAAGAAUAUGCUCCUGUCAUCUUUGCACAGGAUACCGUCUCACACAUCAUCUCUUUUGAUAUGCUGACGGGGAAGGAAGAUCGAGAAAAUGUGCUGCGCGCAAGAGAAUCGGGAAAGGGGGUUCUAACUGCUCCUUUUCGGCUGCUUAAAACAAAGCGCCUUGGAGUAAUAUUGACGUUUGCUGUCUACAAAAGAGAUCUGCCUUCAAAUGCAACUCCAAAUGAAAGAAUUCAAGCUACUGAUGGGUAUCUUGGUGGAGUCUUUCAUAUCGAGUCACUUGUGGAGAAGUUACUUCAACAACUCGCAAGCAAGCAAACCAUCCUAGUGAAUGUGUAUGACAUUACCAAUAAUUCGCAUCCAAUCAGCAUGUAUGGUUCAAAUGUUUCAGAUGAUGAAAUGCAGCAUAUUAGCACCUUAAGUUUUGGAGAUCCCUUAAGGAUCCAUGAGAUGCGCUGCAGGUUCAAGCACAGGCCACCAUGGCCGUGGUUAGCCAUUACAACUUCAAUUGGGAUCCUCAUUAUUGCAUUGCUUGUUGGGCAUAUAUUUCAUGCAACUGUAAAUAGGAUUGCCAAAGUGGAGGAUGAUUUCCAUAAGAUGAUGGAGCUCAAGAAACAGGCUGAGGCAGCCGAUGUUGCCAAAUCUCAGUUCCUUGCAACUGUUUCCCAUGAGAUCAGAACGCCAAUGAAUGGUGUCCUAGGAAUGUUACACAUGCUAAUGGACACAGACCUGGAUGUAACCCAACAAGAUUAUGUUAAAACUGCCCAGGCCAGCGGAAAAGCACUAGUCGCACUUAUAAAUGAGGUCUUGGACCAAGCAAAGAUUGAAUCUGGUAAGCUGGAGCUCGAGGCAGUGCGUUUUGAUCUGCGGGCAAUUCUGGAUGAUGUUUUAUCACUCUUUUCUGGGAAGUCUCAAGAAAAAGGAGUAGAGUUGGCAGUAUACAUCUCAGAUCAGGUUCCUGAAAUGCUUAUUGGCGAUCCCGGAAGGUUUCGGCAAAUUAUCACCAACCUCAUGGGGAACUCAAUCAAAUUCACAGAGAAAGGACACAUCUUUGUGACGGUUCAUCUUGUCAACGAGCUGAUCGGCUCAAUAGAUGUUGAGACUGAAUCAUCAUCGAAGAACACUUUGAGUGGUUUCCCUGUUGCAGAUAGACACCGUAGCUGGGGUGGAUUCAGGUGUUUCAGUCAAGAGGGAUCCGCAAGCCAUUUCGCAUCGUCCUCUGAUCUCAUUAAUGUUAUUGUAUCUGUUGAGGACACAGGAGUAGGAAUCCCUCUAGAAGCCCAAUCUCGCGUUUUCACUCCUUUUAUGCAGGUUGGACCAUCCAUCUCACGUACACAUGGAGGAACAGGAAUUGGGCUAAGCAUAAGCAAGUGUUUGGUUGGCCUCAUGAAAGGGGAAAUCGGAUUUGUGAGCAUUCCAAAGAUUGGUUCCACAUUUACAUUUACUGCUGUUUUCACCAAGGCCUUCUGUAAUUCAGAUGAUUUUAAGAUCCAGCAAAUCAACAGCCAAUCAAAUGCUCCAUCCUCAGAAUUUCAUGGCAUGACAGCAUUAGUUGUGGACCAAAGACCUGUUAGGGCCAAGAUGUCAAGAUAUCAUAUCCAACGGCUUGGAAUUCGUGUUGAAGUAGUUUCUGAUUUGGAUCAGGGUUUAUCCAGUUUGAGCUGUGGGAAUACAUCUGUCGAUAUGGUCCUUGUUGAACAGGAAGUUUGGGAUAAAGAUUCGGGCACUUCAGCUCUCUUCAUCAAUAAUUUAAGGAAAAUUCGUUGCCGUCCACCGAAUCUGUUCAUUCUUACUAAUUCUAGUAGCUCUUGCAGAAUAAACUCUGCAACUUCAGUUGUCUCUAACCCAACUGUCAUCAUGAAGCCUCUCAGGGCAAGUAUGCUUGCUGCCUCACUACAAAGAGCCAUGGGAGUUGGCAACAAGGGUAAUCCUCGAAAUGGGGAGCUCCCAAGUUUGACUCUCCGCAAACUUCUACUUGGGAGAAAAAUUCUUAUUAUAGAUGAUAAUAAUGUCAAUCUAAGAGUAGCUGCUGGUGCUUUGAAAAAGUAUGGGGCUGAAGUGGUCUGUGCAGACAGUGGUAGAAAGGCAAUCUCACUGCUUACACCGCCCCACCAUUUUGAUGCCUGCUUCAUGGAUAUCCAAAUGCCAGAGAUGGAUGGGUUUGAAGCUACAAGACGAAUACGCGAUAUGGAACGCAAUAUCAGCAACAGUAUUCAAAAUGGCAAAGUUUCUGCCGAGGAUUAUGGAAAUAUUUUAACAUGGCAUGUCCCAAUUCUGGCCAUGACUGCGGAUGUAAUUCAGGCCACCCAUGAAGAAUGCACAAAGUGUGGAAUGGAUGGAUAUGUUUCCAAACCAUUUGAAGCUGAACAGCUCUAUCGUGAAGUUUCACGUUUUUUCCAAUCAACUUCAAAGGGGAAUUUGUAGAGAGGACUUGAAUUGAAGACUUGCUGCUGACAUAAGCACAGGCGCUCUUUCUCCGGGACGCUUUAAAUGGAUUCAGAGUUUUCCCAGUAGAGAACAAUUCUUUUUGUUGCGGAGAGUGUAUAUAGGAGCCCUGCUUGAUUACAUGGGAUAUUCAUAUUUGAGUGUUAGUUUUUCUUUUCUCGUAUUUUUUCUCCGAGCCAGACAUCAAAGCUGGUUCAUUCUUCCUUGUAAAGUUGAUCCAUCUGCAAGCCCUUUUCACUGAAGUUGGUAACCUGGAAUGUUAAGUUCCAGCAAGAGCUACUUCAAAGUGAGAUAAAUACAAUGCCUUCAUGGAAGCCCUGGGUUUGCAUUGCCAUCCCAAAUGUACUAAUAAAAGUUGCAAUCAUUGAAAAUUUAUCAGUAUCAGUCAGUUGUAGUAUCAUAGAGAUGGAUCUGAUUUGGCAGAAAGAAGGAAUUCUAACUUACUUGGAAACUGGUGGAGAAUGGCCCUUGUAUAUUACAACAAAGUUAAUAAAGAUUUGUAGCCAGCCUUUUCUUUUUCAUUUUGGUUUGCUCCCUAACAGUUCAAGUUUGAUUCGACUUAGGUUUGAUGUAAAGUUUGAUUCAGUGUAGCAGUGAUGUAACUGUACAACAAUGUUGAUAAUUUGAGAAAAUCUCAUGAUUCUUGUCUGGUUUGUACAUUUCAAAGAGUCAUUAUGACUUCUUAUAUGCAACUUACUAAUCACCAA